AUGAAUCUGACGCUAUUCCAGGUAUUCCUCCUCCUGAGAAAUAUGGGCAUACCUCAUCUCAAAAGGAACCUGGAGCCCUAUGCAGAGCGGGGUGCCAUUGCGCCGUGCAAUGUUGUUGUCGACGGCCCUGCCCUGGCCUAUCAUGUCCUCAGUCUGGCGUCGAGGACAACCAUAAAGACCUCGCCCUUUGAACAGCCCUCAUAUGAGUUGUUGGGGCGAACAGCGAUACAAUGGCUCGAGAAAAUGGAGGAUGCGCACAUCUACUUUGACGGCUAUCUACCCACCUCAAAGCGACCUGAACGUAUGCAAAGACUUAUCAGGUCGACCAAGGAACUCUUCAAGUACCAUUCGACCACGGUGACAGGAGUAUCAAGAGAACGUUCUCGUCGCAAGGGUGAGAAGAAGGUCGAUUUGUUUCCUGCUUUUAUCGGGGGAGAAACAAGAUCUAAACCACCUCCACCUGCCUUUCUUGUACCUGCCGUCUUGGAUGCGUUGCGUGGCUCAAAGUAUGGCCCAAUAACGGAGGUGAUGGGUGGAGAGGCAGAUGGGUACUGUGCUGUUCACGUUCGAAAGUCGGGAGGGUUGGUCUUGACUUCAGAUUCAGAUCUCUUGGUCCAUGAUCUUGGUGAGAAUGGAGGUGUGAUAUUCUUUACAGACAUCGACCUCGACUCAGAAAACAGCAAGCUUGUCGCUCCUCAGUUUCGACAUGCAGAAAUCUGCCGCAAACUGUCCAUCAAGCCCGACGUGGGCUUCUCCUACAUGGCAUUCGAGAUCUCGGCAGACCCCCACCUCACACUUGACCAGGCCGCUGAAAGAUCAAGGAGAGGAGAAGCUGUGAUGUACAGCCGGGAAGAGUACGAUUCGUUCAUCAAGACGUACCUGUUGCCCGAGACGGCACCAAAAACAGUCGCUACUUGUGGAUUACAGCUCGACCCAAGAAUAUCUGAGCUGGUUCUCCGUUAUUUGCAGAUAACUACAACAGCCUCAAAGGAGAAGGAUGCAUCCCUCGAGAUGUUUCUACCGUUUCUUCUCGACUGCCCAUCUCGAACAAGUGCCUGGGAGGUGAGCAAACCUAUCAGGAAGCUGGCCUAUUCUCUUCUACAGUCGGGCCAGAAAACCUCUCUCAAGACAGUUUCCGAGAUGAGGAGGCUUCAAACACUGUCUUCGGGAUCACAGGUCGAUAUUCUACCAUCAUCCAAGGUGGAAGAAGAAUGGAGUCAUCUCCUCAGCAACAUCGGCAAGAUAAAGGCACACAUCACCGACCCCGAGCUACUUUGGGUAGUACUGUCUAUCUACCUAGACAUUGACAGGACAGUAGAACGAGCCAAGGGCUACCCCUUAAGUCUCGAAAUCCUGACCCAGGAAGCGAGAGGCAAGCUGAACGAGUACUCCUGGGAUGUUCUCCAAGUCUUCGCACAGGUACAAGCAACGUUUUACUCUCUCCGAAUGCUUGAGCAGAUUCUCAACCUCCAAGAGAGGAGAGGAAACGCAGUGGAUGUUAUUACCGCCCUGUCAGAUCUCCCAUCUCUCGACAAGUUCCUAUCACUUGCAGAUUUUACGGAGACGCUUCAACGUCUGAGAGAGGCCGGCGGACUCGAGUGCCUUAUUGACCUCUGCUCAGACAUGGAGGAUAUGAUCCCACAUAUUGAAGCCAUCGGGAAACCACCAAAGAGCAAAAAGGACAGGAAAAGAAAGGCGCAGUCAGGGGCUGUGGAGGGCCACCAAGUUAGAGCACGGCCGAGCAACCCGUUUGAGUUGCUGAACAGUCGAGAUGACUGA